AUGAACGCGCUCUUUGGCUUCCUCUCGUCACCGCUUAAAAAGCAACCCGAGAGGCCAUCAUCCGACACCAUGCCUGUUCCUGCUUCACAGUCGCGAACUUUAUCGCCCAGAGACCAUCGAAUUUCCAAACGCGCCUCGGACCGUUUUUCAGAAUCGGAAACCCGUAGCCCUCGCUCGCGACUCAGCAACGUUCCUUCUCCAUCAUCUGUACACGAUACCACUGCCGAUAUCUCCAUCACCAGCACAAGGCGCGAGACCAUCUCUACAAUGCCACCUCCCUCCAAGACACCACAGCGAAGAUCGAUGGGUAACACCCAGUCAUCACCCGCCUCAACCCAUAACACCGUGUCUCGACGCGUCGCAUCCUCCCCACGAGAACGACCGUCGCCUAGAAGGCAACAGUCAGUGGAGCUUGGCGAGGAUUCCAUCACCAGCGGGUACAAUGACACCAACCACUCUCCCGCCAUGUCAAACAGAGCCAGUGCAAAGAACUCUCCUGCCCAGUCUGUUAGGAGCAGACGAUCCAGCGCCAAGAACUCCCCCGCGACAUCCAGCGCCAGAAAGCAUGCGACUAUGAAGCCCAACUUUACGGCGGUGAAUGAUGGUCGUUCGGAGCGCUCUUCUCCCAGGAAUCAACCUAGACCUAGACGGUCGCAAGUUGUCGUUGAGGAGGAAGAGGAAGAAGAGGUUUUCCCAGGAGAGGAAAAUGGGGUAGAGGAGGAAGAGGUCUUCUCAGGAGAGGAUCAGGAAGUUGAGGAUCAGCAAUCAGAGGAAGAGGCCCUCGUGCAGGAAGAACCCGAACAAGAAGAGUCUGAAGAGGCCGAGGAGGAAGAUGACCAAGAGCACCAAUUCAAGCGCAUCAUGGACUAUCGCUGGGUUGACGACAAGAUCGAACUUCGUGUUGAGUGGAGUGACGGCGAGCGCACAUGGAGCGACGAAGAGAUUUUCCACCAAGAUAGCCCCGAAGCCCUCUUUGACUUCUGGCGCAACCAACCCGGCGGACGACCCGAGAACCCCAACGACCCAGGUGUCUAUCUUGUCUUUGCCAUCCGCAAACACAGGACUUUCCGCGGUAAGAAGCAAGUCUUGGUCGAGUGGCUGGGCUACGACAGUUCGGAACAGACCUGGGAGAACCAAAGCUAUAUUGAGCAGGUUGCCAAGGAGCAUGUUGACGACUACAUGAGCAAGCUUCAGGGAACGGACAAGGCCAAGCCUAAGACCAACACCAAGGCCACUUCAACAUCUAAUGGUCCAUUGUCGAAGAAAAAGGGGACUGCAAGGCCUGUCGCCAGAGGCAGGGGUAGACCCCCGAAGGCUGCGACAAAGCCAACUACCCAGAAGACUCAAGGCAGGACAAGAGUCACCAAACGCUAG